AGGCACACAAGAAGCUGCUUUAUUCCAGGGCAGACACUUUGUGCAGCCAGCCAAGCCUUGCCUAUCCUCCUCCUUUGAGGUAGAUUUAAAAUUCCAAACAGUGAAAAUCAAAUCAAUCAAAUCAAAAACCUCGCCCAUUAAGUAGGGCACACUUUUCUUCAGCUCAGUGGAAAGUGCAGAGGACAGUUGUUUGUGCAUUCAGUUGGACUGAAGAUGGCAGUUAACUGCACUUUGAAACUGAGCUGAAGGUGGCAGUUGCCCACACUUUCAACUGAACCAAGGAUUCUGUGUCCCAGGGCUACUGUUGCCACUGGGCAUCUUCAGGCAGACCCCCAGACCUUGGCCCUCCUCUAAAUUCCCACCCACAAAACGUCCCUCUCAAUUUCCAUUUUGGAGACCCCAAUGUGAUGCUGGAAUUCCCCUUACAGAGGCAGUAUAUUGCUUUAUGACAGAAUUGGAAAAACAAAUAGCCUAACAUUGUGAAGACAGUUUUUACACAUUCCCAAGUGUUUGUGGAUCAAUAAUGAUUAUCUCCAGUGCACUUAGAGGUAUGGACAGAGAAGCAGACCCAUUUCAUCCUCCAUGCAGAAUCCACAAGACUGAAUUUGGUCUGCUGCCCAUCUACUUUGGAAGUCUAGGAUUUUGUUACAUGCUGGUAUUCAUUUGUAUGCUAUUUCUUCAAUGGAGGAAAGGAAUCCAGCAGAAGCGACGUGCAAAAGCCUGGGUGAAACAGCUGAAAACGGAAUCGUAUUUCCAGCGCGCAUUGGCUCACAAGGAAGCCGAGCCUGGAAAUAAAGCAGAAGCCUGCAGUCCCGAGUCUGAUAGCAUCCGAAAACCACAAGACAGCUUCUCGGCCAGUGAGAUCACCAUAGAUAGCAGUGGCGAUUCCAUCCCAUCAGCUCAAGAGCCGUACAAGCCAGUGUUUCAGGAAAUACCAUGCACCUGCGUGCUCUCUCACAUGCCGCCACUGCUUGAGCAUUCAGCUUCUUACCCUUGCUCGAGUAUCCGAACCAAAAGCAUGCCAUUCAACUCCCCUCUGAAAUCUGCCACGUUGACAAAGGAGGCAUACAAUCUCUGUAGCAGCAUCUCUGCCUAGCAGUAAGAUGAACCAGCAAGUCUUCAUGAUUUUAAUUGUACCCCAAAUAAAGACCAGA